AUGAACACACCUCCAUGCCGUUUGGUUAUCUUAGCAGCCAUCGCUUCGUUCUGUGCCAACUGGUCGUUUGCGUUCCAGAUCACCUAUGUGAACACAUCUGUUGAUACAUUCUACAAUCUCGCGAGGAAAGCUUACAAAGAAGUCAGAUUAUGCCCAACUUGCCAGCUCCCGGAAAAUUACUGGCUAGCUCAAUGGAGCGUGAUUGUGAGCAUGUUCUAUCCCGGUACCAUUCUCGGUUUCUUACUGGUUCCGAUCCUCACCAAAUGGCUGGGUGUUAAAAGAGCACUGAGCAUCAUGUGUGUUGCUUCCACUAUUGGUGUUGGCGUCCAUUUUCUUGCUGUAUCACUUCUUUCACUGGGAGAAGUCACAUUUUCUACGCUUCUCUCGAUUGGACGCUUUCUGAUAGGACUUCAAGCGGGCAGCUCUUUGUGUCUUCUGCCGUUGUACAUCAUCGAAAUCAGUCCCUCACAGUAUAGAUCUUUCCUAAACAAUUUUCAGCAAGUCUCUCAAUCGUUUGGAACACUACUCGGACUGAUUUUGGGAUCAGAAAACAUCAUACCAUUGGGAAAUGCAAGAUUCAUGCUGAUGCAAGUGUCCGCUGGGGUUCCGAUAUUAUUCUUGCUAUUUUUAUUAGUUAUCACUCCACCGACACCAACUUAUUUAAGUGUGUUCCACCCGGAAUCGCUAAACUCGAAAUUAUUCUAUCAUGGCAUGGAUCGUGGCGACGCAUAUCGCCCAUUGAUUUCUAAUUACGAAAUGAUGGAAGACAAAGCUUCUUCCAAUUAUGCAACCUAUGGAAAAUCCUGGAGAGAUUCGUUCAAAGGAUUUCUAAUCGGUGGAAUUGUAGCAGCCUCCUACGCAUUCACUGCUGAUGAUUUGAUUGAUACAUUCUCAUCAAACAUGUUGCUGGGAGAAAACAAAAACUCCAAGAAAGUGCAUCAAGAAACUGACACGUUCUCUAUAUUUGUUUCCAAUGGUCUCGGAUUGGUUCUUUUUUUCGCUUCAAUUUUGGGAAUUUUUUUGGCUGAUCACUACGGCAGGAGACGAUUAGUCCUGGUCGGACUCUUUGGAACAUGUGUUGCUAAUAUUGGAGCGGUGGUCUUCGCCACCAACAAAACAAUUGUAUCCGUUUGCUUUGCCGCUACCAAACUUUUUAUUGGAGUCGGUUGCGGGGGACCGGCAUGGUUUUUGACAUCGGAGCUAGUUGAUCCUGAUUAUGCUUGGAUUUAUCAACCAUUCUCCACUGGGAUACUUUUAGCAACAACCAUGUUUGAGACUUUCUUUUAUCUCAGCAUUGAUGCAUGGAUCGGCGGCUACAGCCUUCUUGUUCUUGCGGCUGGUCCCGCACUGAUCGCUGCCAUUCUCAUCUACCUGUAUUUGCCUGAAACGAAAGGGAGAUCUAGUGAAGAGAUUCAACAAAUGCUCAAUUCCACAACCUUCAGCGGGAUCCAUUCAAAGAAACUUAUCAAUGACGACAUCUAUGGUACUUUCAACGAGAAAAACUUCUGA